CGGGCCCCGCGGGCCGGAGCCUCCAGAGAGCUGGGUCUGGGAACGGUCCUGCAGGACGGCGUGGACGCGGACGGCCACGUGAGCACGGGGUAAAUAUGAGGAUAGCCAGGGGAGGAGCAACGUGGUUUUCUGCAGGAGGGGCUGGAGGGCAGGCUGAGGUCCUGGCAAGGCCCCGCUGGGUGACCUGGGGCGACACGCAGUGUUGUUAGGACUCUUCAGACUUCAGAUGGUCCCGUUGGGUGCCCUUCUCGGCAGGCAAGUUGCAUGUAGUAAUUUGGAUAUUAAAAUGAGCAUUUUUUUUUUCAAAAGACAGUCCCCUGGCACAUCUCUGGACCCUGUCCGGAGGCCCCCCGCCCCAGGCUUGGGAACUCGGAGGUGCCCUGACUCGGAGGUCACCGGGGAGUGACCAGUGUGUCCUGGUGGGUGAUCUGUUGGUCACAGACUCAGGCCCGGCUGGCCAGGCCCAGAGCCGCAGCACGGGAAAGGCAGGAAGGUGCCUUGCGGGGCCCCGGCCCGAGAGCCUGUGAUGCGGGAGGUGCGGGGGGACAGGACGGUGUGUUUAGUGCUGGUCUACGCGGACGCCGGGUCAGAGACCAGUUGUUAUGGUUAAUCUCGGCUGUUGGUGCUGCGUGCUGUAACUCGAGGGGCCCACACUCACUUCUCAGCUGGGGCGCCGGUCCAGGCUCUCCCCACCACCCACGAACCAGUCAGAUGCUUUCUUCUUUGCUGUCUCCAAGGGGGCCGAGGGAGAGCAGGCGGAGCCCUCAGCCCCAGCCUCACCCUUCCCACCUGCCCUUCUGACUUGGCCAGGGCUUCCCCCGAGCGGGUCCCUGACGGCGGGGACCAGGAGUCUGGGACGGAGCCCUCGCCCCUGCAGCACAGCUCCUAGGUCCUCGGGAGUGGGGCAGUGGCCUUGGGAGGCCAGGGCAGGAAGAGGAGGCCUGGCUCAGAAGGCAGACCCUUCUGUCCCCACCGGCUUCAGAACGACCAGCAGGGCCCGGGGACCCCAGGGGCAUCGAGCAGCUCUGGGCCUGGAUGAGGUCUUCCUGACAGACAGGCGAGGACGUGUUCUGAGGCCAGCUGGGGCUAGCACCCUGGCUGUGUGGCCCAGAGCUGGGCUUUCCCUGGGGCAGCAAGCUGGGGGCACCUUCGGCCUGGUGCACGCAGGAGCGGGAGGGCCCGGCCUGUGAGGAUGGCUCAGGUGGCUGGGGCUUAGGAUUCGGGGCUGGCUAGGUGGUUGCCGCAGGUGCUGGCUGUGUGCCCUCCGCGGUGGCGGUGGCCGAAGUUCGGAGCCACAGCCUUCCAGAGAACUCGUCUGUCAUGCAAAUGCCCCCUUCUGGGCCCCUGAGGGCCUCUGCUCUGCUUGGAGAGCUGUCACCAACCAGGGUGUGUCCCCUCCUGGGCCCUUCAGGUCCUAAGCACCCUACCUCCCCCACAAUGGGUGGCAGCCGAGGGACGCCCCUCGACCAUGAGGGUCCCCUGCGGCAGACCGAGGCUGGCCUGCGACUGGACCCUGAGGCCUCCGUGCCCACGCCGGCCUCUGUGCAGCCCCAGGACAGCCACGGUCCCCCAGGCAGUCCGGGAUGGCCAGCACUCCGUCCUUGGCCGCCUCCAGAACUAUGAAGGAAGGGGGAGGAGAGGGAGCUCAAGCCAGGGCUCACCCCCCCCCCCCCCCCCACGGAGCCGAGCGUGCUUCUGCAUCCAGGCGCCUGGGGAGCCCGGGCCGGUGGCGGCCAGGCCCGGGGCCUGUGGUGGCGGGCCCUGGGAGACGGGCUGAGGGACAGAACCCGCACCCACCUGCCCACCGAGGCUCCAGUAGGGGCGUGGGGGGGUGGCUACCAGCCCAGGGGUUGAGGCUGAGCUUUAGGGAGCCUGCUUGGGUGCUUGCGGUAGACUUGGGGCCCCUGGCAGGGGCGGCUCCAGCCGGUGGUGUGGGCCUGGCUGCUGCCACCCUCUCUGCUGGCCCGGCGCCAUGGCCACCCGUCCCAGGACACUGUGUGCGGCCGGAACAGGGCGUGUGUUUGCUCAAGGCGCCCCAUGGGUCCCUGCACAGCACCUGGGAGCCUCGACAGGCCGGACAAGGGCUCAUUGUGUCCCCGGGCACCCCUGCCCCGCGGCCGUGGGCCACAGAGCUCCCGCCGGGUCCCCCACUCCCCACUGCUCUGCCCCAGCCUCCAGAUCUGCAGCCUCGCACUGCCCAGCAACCCCGCCCACCCCGUUCCGCCUCCUGCACCCCCAGCCUGUCCCCACGUCCUGCUCCCAGCGCCCACGCCCCUGACAGCCCACACCCUGGCCGGCCCCUGGGCCUGGGCAUCCGGAUCUCAGGUACUCCUCCCAGCCUAGAUGCCCACCCCAAGUGUGCACCGCGCUCCGUGGGCCCGCCCGCGGCUCCUCCCCUCUGCCGCACCCAGACAGGUGUCCCUGGGGCAGGAGACCCUCCCGGCCAACUGCCUGGGGCCCGGCCUAAGGGUCGGGAAAGCGCGGCCCUCAGUGGCAGGGCUUCCCGCUUGAGGGGGCCUGGGAGGUGGCCAUCCCUUGGGUGGGGCCAAAGGUCCUGGGGUGUGUGUGGUGGGGGGCAGGGCCUGGAUGCCCUCCGUCAGGCUCAGGGCUGGGGCCCGCAGAUCAGAGAGCCACAGUGCUGCCCAGCAAGGGUGGCAGCCCAGCUGCACUGACCCAAGAUGGAGCCUGCGGGUGAGGCCUGGUCACAGGCAUUGGGGUGUCUGGACUUGUCAGUGGACGCUCAGGCUUGGGGAGAGCCCCUGCACGCUCGUGGGGGGCCUGGCGCUCAGGCCUGCCGCUCAGGGUCCACACCGGCCCAGCCGUGACCCAGCACCCAGGCAAGCCCGCCCAGGUCCUGGCACGUGGGUGCGCGCUCACUGCCCCCUGCCCACGCAGAUGCUCACUCCCCUCCAGUCCCACAGCUGGCUCAGGGCACUUUCCCAGACGCGCCUCGGGCACCCCCAAACCUUGGGGCAGGGCCAGAAGAGGGUGAGGGGGUGCCCACAAGCCAGGAGUGCCUGAAAGGUCGCAGUGACGGAAAGGCUGUCACCGCAGGGCCCAGGGGAGAGCGGGGGACAGGGUGAGGCGCUGGGCUGGUGUGUCCUUGAUGCGUGAGGCAUGGGAGCAGGACCUGAGACCGAGGUCAGAGAAAGGGGCUGGUGCAGGCCCCCUGCUGGGAGCUGCUAGGAUCCGGGUCUGCCCUGCCAGGCCCCCCCGACCGGGCUCUCAGGAUCCACCGGCCGUGGCCGUCCCUUCCACGGGGACGUGUACGGGUGAUGUGGAGCUCGGGGGCACGGCGGCAGCGCCUCUCACCCAGCUGGAGGCGCCUGCGGAGGAACGCCGGGUGCCGGCCGCUCCUCCGUGACCUCCCCAGCCCCUCGGCCGCCCAGGGGGUCACCAGGGUCCCCACUGACCGGGCUCUGUCCUCUGCCCGCGCCCCACCCCCUCAGGCCGUGAGCCUCCUCCAGGUCCCAGCCUAGGGAGGGCUCGGCUUCCUGCCCAGCCGGCAGGUGGGAGGCCUAGGCCAGACACAAGGAGAGGACGGCCACCGGGCAGGCUUGUGCUCUGCGCUGAGAGGGGUAGAACCGGUCUGACCGUGUGCGCGCGUGUGCGUGUGCGUGGCCAUGCUCGCAUGUGCGCGCGGGCUGGGAUCCGGCCAGGAGGCCCGCGGAGCAGACGCCACAGCCUGCGUCACGGGCAGCGCCCUGGGGCGCCCGCCCAGCGGCAGAUGGCAGAGCCCUGACGGCAGCAGAGCCACGAAGGCUGGGCCCCAGGGGUGGGGGGAUGGGCCGAGAGCGGCUGUCUCGCUCCUCCUGUCAGGGCAGAGACGCAGAGAUGGGUGCGUGGGGCGGGGGGCGGGUCUGGACGCGGCCGGGGCCUGGCCUCUGGGGGGGUCAAGACCUGCUCGGUGGGCCCAGAGACCCACCUCCGUGCGCCGGGCGGAUGGACCCAUCUCCAGCGCCCGGGGCCACCGGGGCCAGGCUAUCCAGACACAGGCCCUCCCGCCCCGCCUCCCUGAGAGGCUCCACACCCAGGCACCAACGCUUCUGCUGGGGGCGCUGGGGUCCCGGCAAGUGAGGCGUCAGGAGAGCCCCUUGUGCAGGCUCAGCCCAGCCCACUCCUCCGGCCUGGCCGGGCUCCACCCCCACCCACCACACUGUCCAUGCUCACUCCUCGUGGCCUGGCUGGAGUCCCUCUGCCGCAAGCUACCCCCCCUCCUCUGUGACCCUAGAUCCUCCUGAUGGGAGAAACCUCCGUCCUGAUGUUACCUGACCCAGGGACCCGCAGGGACACCCAGCCCCUCCUGUCCAGUCUCCAGGCCUGGCCUUGGGUUCUGGGCCGCCCACCCCAGCUCCCCUGCCUCCCCUCCCCCACCCCCCUCCCCCCGACUCAGGGACCCCGGCCUCAGCUGGCUCUCUAGCCUCUGAGCUGGGCAGCACAGCCUGACCUGAGCUGGCAACUGGGGACCGGCUGGCCAUUUGCAUUUCUGAGCCUCAGUUUCCCAAUAUGCAAAUGAGGAGGACGGGGCAGGUCUUGCGCCUGGGUGGGGGCGUGGCUAUCUGUCUCCCCUCUCUUCCUAGCCCUGCUCUCCAGCAGACAAGAUGAGGCAUCAGGAGCUAUGCCAGGAACUGGGAUCCAGGACCGGGAAUGACACCCCCCCGGGCCUGAGCUCAUUCCUGCAGCCACCUCCAAGCCCACCUCAGUCCGGCCCAGGCCCAUCGCUUGCCCAGCCGGCCCUGACCGGGUCUGCUCUGGGCCUUUGCACGAGUCCAAGCCCAGGCGAAGCCCGAG